AUGGAUGAUAAUGAACAGUUCUCGCAAUUGAGAAAUGUUAUCUCUACAACAGCUUCUGCUUUAUUGGGUAUUGAGAAUUUGGAUAAGAGCAUUUUAUCUUCCAAUAGCCGUUAUAAGAAGAUUUUGAGUGAAACAAUUAAGAAUCUAGGAGGUGAUGAUUCUUUAGUUAAAUUGAGGAAAAAUUUUAGUAAUUUGAAAAGGCAGGAAGAGAGUCAUGAUGCUUAUGAAAGGUACAGUGGUGAUGAUUAUUUUAGAAAUCAAUUGACAGAUUCUAGAACUACAUUUAGAGUAUUGACUUAUCUAUCUGAUGAGAUUUUAAAAGCUUCGUUAGAUGAUGAGAAGUCGAACCAUGAUCAAGGACUAUUGGAGUUUACAAAUGAGGAAGAAUCAGGCACCAAAAAUACAUCUUCUCUGUUUCAAGGUUUUGAAGCUUCACUGCCAAUAUUAAAUGAAAGACUGGAAAACAAUGAUAAAAAUAAAUAUAUUAAAAAUUCUGAAGGCAAUGAUCACAACAAUAAUAAUGAUAAUAAUGAUGACAAAAAUGAUAAGCUUUUUGAAUUUACCAAUAAUUAUAUUAGUAGUGUAUCUAUCGAUACAGAAAAAAUAUCACGUUCAUAUUCAAUGAAAUAUCUAAAGACACUUUCAGAAGAUGUAUUAAGAAAACUUAAUUUCACUCUGAUUCAAGAAGAUGUCACUAAGGAAGAAGUCGAAGAUUUGAGUAUUAAGUUAGAAAGAUUAAAAGAAAGGCACCAAAGUGCUUGUAAACGUUUGGAAACGGUAGAACAAGAUGAAUUAUUUUUGGAAAAUGCAUUAUCUUUAAUUAAAGAUAGAAUGAAGUUCAUUCAAGAAUAUGAUCUGGAACUUGAAUCUAAUGAUCCUGAAAUUGAAGAUAUCAAUCAAAAUGAAAAGUCAUAUAACGAAGCCAAAGAAUCUAACGACUUAAAUACUUCACAGCAGAACGUGGAAGAUUUGAAACCAAAUACAUUUGUAAAUAAUGAUAAGGAUGUAACGGUUGCUAAAAGUGAAGCAAUUGUCAGCAAAGUAAAAACCAAAAAUCAGAAAACCAUCAAUCGUCUACAAAGGUUCUAUAAUGAAGAAAAUAGGAAAUCAAGAAAAUUACCUACUACUUUGCUACAAAGUCAUUAUGAACCAGGAACCAAUAUUGCUACGAUAGAAAAGGCCCAUGAGAAUGGUGUUUAUUGUAUGGAUUUUGAUAUGCCUUUUGGAACAUUAUGUACUGCAGGAUAUUUAGAUCACACAGUAAAUGUUUGGGAUUUGACAAGAAAAGUCAAAGUUGCAGAAAUGUCUGGGCAUCUUGCAACCAUUCAAUGUAUGCAAUUGGGCUCACAUUAUAACAUGUUGAUAACAGGUGGUAAAGAUGCAAUGCUAAAGAUAUGGGACAUUAAUUUGGCUACACAACUAUAUCAAGAAGACCAAUCUUCAAUUGAAAGUGAUUAUAAUUCAUGUAUUCAUACAUUUGAUUCUCAUUCUGGCGGUAUUACAGCGCUUUCUUUCGAUUCAGUUCAUUUGGUUAGUGCUUCACAAGAUAAGACAAUUCGUCAAUGGGAUUUGGUAAAUGGUAAAUGUAUACAAACUAUUGAUUUAAGUUCAGUAGUUAAGCAAAAUCAAACAGAUAUCGUAAAUAUUCCGGACUUUUACAGUUCCUCAGAGCCUUUUGUAACAGGAAGUUUACAAUGUUUUGAUGCUGCACUAGCAACAGGUACUAGAGAUGGUUUAGUUCGACUAUGGGAUAUGAGAUCUGGGAAAGUAGUCCGUACGUUUAUGGGUCACACGAAUGCAGUCACCUCCUUAAAAUUCGAUUCUUACAAUUUAAUCUCCGGUUCGUUGGAUAAAAGUAUCAGGACGUGGGAUUUAAGAACUGGUAGUUUAUCUGAUUUAUUCGCUUAUGAUUCUCCAGUAUAUUCUAUCGACUUCGACUCAUCCAAUUUAGUUUCAGCUAUUGGUGAAACUUCAUUCAAAGUUUAUAAUAGGAAAGAUGACAAACAAUGGGAGUGUGUUAAUUCGGCGGAAGAUACUUCCUCGAUUUAUCAUGUGAAAUACAAGAACAAUUAUGCCGUCACUGGUAGCAAUGAUGGGACAAUUAAAGCCUGGGUUGUAUAA